AUGUUAUCUUUUAUAGAAAAUUAUUUCCGAGUCAUGGGUACGACUAACAUAAAUCAGUUGAUGGGGGAGAUGAGGCAAUUAGUUCUAAAUUUGCAGAAUCGGGAGAAGUCGACUGACAGUGCUUUAUCAAAAAGUCAACUUGUUAGCGAAAAAAUUUCAGGCAUGAAAGAGUACCAGGAAAAUGUUGCUGACAUGAACGGAUGCUGGAGAAUGCAGGGCAGGAAAGGUUUAUUAGCUGGACUUCAGCAAGAAAAUCGGCAAAUUUUACAGCUGCAGCAGGAGAACAGAGAGCUACGGCAAACUUUGAAGGAUUACGAGCAGACGCUGGAGGCUGUUAUGAGUAAACACAGGAUGUUAACUGCUUGCUUUCUACGGCAGCCAGUUACUCCUGUACCAACUCCUGAUUCGCAGAGUCAGGUUUAUGGACCUAAAGAGUCACCGAAAUCGGAACGCAUGGUUCGUUUCGUGCAAGUGCUAAAUGAGUGUUUUACGAAGGGGGAACGGAUGUCUAAUCGGGAUCAAGAAAUUAUUGCAAGGCUCUCAACGGAAAAUGCUUGUUUGCGAGAUUUACUUAAUAUUGCCUCCUGCAAUGAACCCUCACUUACUCGAAGGUUCCUGCAACAAUCGGGUGUAGGUUCGGAGGCAUCGGCUGAUGCGACGAUGUUGAAGAAUUCAGAGUCUGAUGUAACUAUAUUAAGAAACCCAUUAGAGUUAGAACAAGAAAGUAAAGGGUUAACUUUGCCUUUCAAACAGAGUGCUGAAUUAGGGCUGGUAAAUGGCGCUGCGGAUAGUAAUGCAGACGCUUCUUUAGAUGCAGCUUUUAAUGGUAAGUUGGAUGGUGGAAACUUGCGGAAGUAA